AAAAGGGGGAAAAAAAAAAUAAAAACAACAACUAAAAAUACCAAAACCGGCCCGACGAGUUUUUUUGUUUUUGUUUCACCCCCUCGCUCUUAAGAAUUCUGAUGAAUAUGUUAAAAUACUUUUUGUUGCUGGUCGGUCGUGUCUAUAGAGGAGCCCUGAAGAGGUCGAAGCAGAGCAGUAAAAUUAUUGAUAUGCUAUGGUUUAGUCCAGUGUUUCCCAACCAGUGUGCCUCCAGCUGUUGCAAAACUACAACUCCCAGCAUGCCCGGACAGCCAGCAGCUACUCGGCUCAAAGCUAGUAUAAUCAUGGUGAACCCAGGUAGUAGCGCCCAGCCUCCCCCUGUGACGGCUAGCACCCUCUCCUGGAAAAGGUGCGCCGGUUGCGGGGGCAAGAUCGCCGAUCGGUUCCUGCUCUAUGCCAUGGACAGCUACUGGCACAGUAGAUGCCUGAAGUGUUCGUGCUGUCAGGCUCAACUUGGGGAAAUUGGCACCUCCUGUUAUACAAAGAGUGGAAUGAUCCUCUGCAGAAAUGACUAUAUCAGGUUAUUUGGGAAUAGCGGUGCUUGCAGUGCUUGUGGGCAGUCAAUUCCAGCCAGCGAACUGGUCAUGAGGGCACAAGGAAACGUCUAUCAUCUUAAGUGUUUUACGUGCUCAACCUGUCGGAAUCGCCUCGUCCCCGGGGACCGGUUUCACUACAUCAAUGGCAGUUUAUUCUGCGAACAUGAUAGACCUACAGCUCUUAUCAAUGGUCAUUUGAAUUCACUUCAGAGCAAUCCACUACUGCCAGAUCAGAAGGUUUGUUAAAAGGUCAGAAUCCGACAGAAUGCGUGCCUUCAUCUCAAGUUCUGUUCAUCGCAGAUGGAUCCCAUAUGUCUCCAGUAGACGAGUCACCUUUGUAGCUAGCGUCAGUGCCAGCUUCAUGCCAUUGCACCUUUUUUCCUCUUCUCGGUUGCCCUUUUCCACAUUUAUUGGUGUAUGAAAAUGACUGAAGACACAUAUUAAGGAUUCCAUGAACCCGGGCUCAUUGAAAGACUCUUAUGGGGGGGGAAAAAAACACAAAAA